CAGAUGUAGAACGCUUGAAGACGUGUUUUCUCUGUCAUUAGAACAGCGUCACUACGAGGAACAUCGUCCAUCGUUAUUCGUGUCCCAUAUCUUCAUGUGAUUAUGUGAAUCUUGUGCUGCCCGUCGACGGUGAUGUGCAUCAGAUGAACCAGGCAAACGGCGAGAACCUGCACAUAAUCCUCCUCCGUGAAAGCUAAUAUUCGUCCAUGUGAAGCAGCUUCAGAGUAGAUCCUAGAGGACUCGUGCUCUCAAGCUCAGGUGGUGUUGACCAGCCGCGAGCUGAACAAGUGGCGCCACCUGCGACGCGGGGCGUAACAAGCCGGUCGCUUAUGUGCGCGAGCGUGCGAAAGCAUGGCACCUAGAAAGAACGAUGCAGAAUCGCGUUCAAAAAGGAGUGGAACCGUGUACUGUUGCGUUUACGGCUGCAACAACAGUCACAGAAACACCGCCGGAAAGAUCCCAAAGAUAACAUUUUAUAGAUUUCCAUGGAGGCCUUACGAGAAGGAGCGACGGGAGCGCUGGAUCCUGGCAGUGCGACGGGCGAACCCCUAUGGACGCCAUUGGCUGCCUGUGAAGGAUCAAACCCGUAUAUGCAGCACUCACUUCAUCGGAAACGAGAGGAGUACGAUAGCUAAACACCCUGCCUACAUCCCAACGAUUUUUCCUGCUUGCUAUGGGAAAAACGAUGGUGUGACACCAUCAAGGAAGCCUGAAAGGUUUCAGCGAGUUGGGUCACCAUCUGCGGGAGGGCCACCCAUGAACAUCGCAGCAUCCGGUGAAGCUUUGCCCCAGGGGGAGUUGCGUCUUGGUAGCAUUAAGAAGCACAUCGCCUUUGCAUCUGUGUUGACGCAAACAGAAGACCAAGGCAGUGGUUGUUGCAGCGUGUUCCUUUCUGUGUCAUCGGGGGGCUCAGCAAGUACACAAGUGUGCCAUUCAAACAACGUAGAUGCAGCUGUACAGGCAGUGCCAACCAACUACGACGACAAGCACCAGAUCAGAAGAGUGCAGUUGUGUGUCCCUCGGGUACAGCUGUCUCAAUGAGUGCAGGAGCGCCUUCAGGGAACUUUGCGGAUGUUUGUACUGAUUGCUGAUGUUUGUGCUUUCAUCCAUCAGUGUUCGGUGGGUCGAUGUACCAGUUUCGCAGAAGCUGGCGAUUUCCUUGGUAGAACUAAAGCUUGGAAUAUCAUUCUCAAUUACCCGAGUGCUUUUUGGUUUACACCACUCAGCAGUAAGUUACGUAUUUUCAGUUGUAUUGAACAACUUGCUGGAUGCGAUGAAAGAGUGCAUACCUGAGCCGUCUCUGUUGUUCAGGUGUGAAUGCCAGCCAAUGUUAAAUUGCACCAUUCUUGCUGCCUACUUUCUUGUGGAGUGAACAAAAAUUUGGAGCUGAAGAGCCACCUACUGUGCAACAAGAAAGGGCGCUGUUUUCACACUGCAAAGUUGGCUAUACUUUGAAGUUCUUGCUCGGAAUUCUGCCGAAUGGAUGUUGUGAUAUUUGUAUCAGAUGCCUGUAGCGCCUACACUAUCAUUACAUUAGAGUCUGGAUUUCUCAGCAGGAUAGAGCCGGGUGCUAUUGUGCUAGCAAAGCACCCACUGAAAGACAGAAGGAGGUUGUUGUAUUACUGCCGUUUUCAAGAGGCAAUGCUCAGUUUGCACAUAGCAAAUUGCAAAAGACAUGCUAUAUCUUACUUAGAGUAAUCCAACAUGUCAAGAUGCUUAAUAUCUUGAAUACUAGAGUUCCUGUUGACCUGAUUCCUCACAUAAGCAAUAUUAUGUGAAUGUUGUUGAAAGCACAGGCAUUGUUUACUGGAGGUGAGUGAAAUACACAGAUGAAGAUGUAUCUCACCUAUUUUGCACUUGCAGGCUAUGUAAUUUAGCAACAACAUCCUUAAUGUCAACGGGACAUUCACUGUUAUUGGUCUGUGGACAAACUCUGGAUCUCGGGCUAUGAAAGCACUUCCGAACUUUCUUAGGGACACCUGCAAAGUACUUUAUUUUGUUAGGUGUUGUGGUGCAUUGUGUAUAUGUUCUGUAUGCCUCACACAUUUUGUAUAUUUUCAUUCGUCGUCACGCCAGCCCGAUGUGGCAUGCUAUACUUGGGGAAACUUUUCUUGGCAGCGCUGUGGAAGCUACAGGACCGAGACGCAUGCCUGCUAGCCCUUUAAGAAGUAGCACCUAAUUUUAAUGAGAAAUUUUUAGGGAUGUGCAAAUAUUUGAGUUUCGAAUUCGAAUCGAAUAAUACUUCAAUGAAUAAUUCGAUUCGACUUUCGAACGGCUAGUAUUAGAAGUUUCAAAUAAUGUGUCAUGACGAAUAUCUAAAACG